GCGCGUGCCGAUCUCUCCAACUCCUCCCUCGUAUCGCAGUACCGACAGAAACGCCGCUGCCAUUUUUGCCUCUAGUAUCUUGAAUUUGUUAGGAUGGUGAGGGUUAGCACCCUGAAUGACGCCCUUAAGAGCAUGUAUAAUGCUGAGAAGAGGGGGAAAAGACAGGUCAUGAUUAGGCCGUGCUCAAAAGUGAUCAUCAAAUUUCUUUCGGUUAUGCAAAAGCAUGGUUAUAUUGGUGAGUUUGAGUACGUAGAUGACCACAGAUCUGGUAAGAUUGUUGUUGAAUUGAAUGGGCGUUUGAACAAAUGUGGGGUUAUUAGUCCACGAUUUGAUGUUGGUGUCAAGGAAAUCGAGCCUUGGACCGCUAGACUUCUUCCUUCAAGACAGUUUGGUUACAUUGUGUUAACCACAUCUGCUGGAAUCAUGGAUCAUGAAGAAGCUAGAAGGAAGAACGUUGGUGGUAAAGUGCUCGGUUUCUUCUACUAGAGCUCGAGAUUUUAGUUAUUUUGCUGGUAAUGAUUUUAUUAGACUAGACAGCGAAAGAAAGUACGUUUUUAUUUGGAUAUGGGAUUUUGUCAAGUCAAUCAUGGUUUUGAUUUUUGUU